GCGAGUAGCGACAUUGUUUGUGCUUUGCCGUUGCGGUUAGUGAAAGAAAGUUCUAGCAGUUUGCUGUGAUUAUAAUAAUAAAUUCCAUAGAGAUGUCUAUUGAACAGCUAAAAGCCGACGUCAGCGAGUGCGUUACUUUCUUGGCGCAGGCAAAAUGUGCGCGUGUAAAAAGCGCGCUCACGCAGGCUAAGGCCGAGGCGGAGCGCGAGAUUGUAAACUUGGAAAUAAAAGCACGCCUUGCGGCUGAGCGUCAAGCAGCUGGUAAUGGAGGCGAUGCCAAAAGAUAUCUGCACGAACUUACCGACUACGGCUGGGACCAGAGCGCCAAGUUUGUGAAACUUUUUAUCACGCUGAACGGGGUACAAAACUGUGCCGAAGACGCUGUUACUGUGAAGUACACGGAACAUUCCCUGCAGCUGCAUGUGCGUGAUCUAAACGGCAAGGACUUUGGCCUGACAGUCAACAAUCUGCUGCAUGCGAUUGAUGUGGAGAAGAGCUAUCGCAAGAUUAAAACCGACAUGGUCGCCAUAUACAUGAAGAAGGCCGAAGAGGGCCAAAACUGGGACGUGCUCACCGCCAUACAGAAGCGCAUAAAGCAAAAACAGGAAGGCGAACUAAAGAAGGACGACGACAAUCCCGAAGGUGCGCUGGUCAAUAUUAUGAAGCAGAUGUACAACAGCGGUGAUUCCAAGACAAAGCAAAUGAUUGCCAAGGCCUGGACCCAGAGCCAGGAGAAGGCGCGCUUUGGCAAUGAAGGCGGCGGACUCGGCGGAAUCGGCGAUCUUGAUGUUUAAGUGCAGUCUUAAAUUAAAAUACUUAAUGUAAUCAUAUAUAUAUAGUAUACACUACCUUAUUUGAUGUAAUCAGUAUGAUUUAAUCUUUGGCACAAGUAUUGCGAAUGCAAAAAAUAAACUGUGAAC